AUGAAUGAAAGGAAAUUGAUGGAGAAAGAAGAUACAUAUCCAGAUGUGAAAGAGAAUGUUGAAUAUUGCAAUUUACUGCGGAUGGAGGAGGGAAAACACCCACUUAAAGUGAGGAAUACUUCCAGUCUUCUAAAGGGUGAUGACAGUCAUGAAAUUCCAAUACUACAAAAAAUGUACAAAGUUGACAAAGGGAAUGAGGAAAUUGUAAGUGGACAAACAAUUUCUGAAAAGUCAGACAUUAUUAUGCAUUGGAAAGCCCAUAACAGAAAGAAAAUAUUUAAAUUCCUGAAAUACAGAAAGAACUUCCAUCAGAGUGGAAACCUUACUUCCCAUCACACAGAGGAGAAAAAAUAUAAAUGCCAGGAGUGUGGGAAAAGCUUCAGUCUGAGUUGGCACCUUAAUUCACAUCAAAGGAUUCACACAGGGGAGAAACCAUAUAAGUGCCUGGAGUGUGGGAAAAGUUUCAGUCAGAGUGGAAACCUUGCUUCCCAUCAAAGGAUUCACACAGGGGAGAAAAAGUAUAAAUGCCCGGAAUGUGGCAAAACCUUUAGUCAGAAUGCACACCUUACUUCCCAUCAAAGAAUUCACACAGGCGAGAAACCAUAUAAAUGCAUGGAGUGUGGAAAAGGCUUCAGUCAGAGUGGUAAUCUUACAUUACAUCAAAGAAGUCACACACAGGAGAAACCCUAUAAAUGCCUGGAGUGUGGAAAAAGCUUUAGUCACAGUGGAAGCCUUACUUCACAUCAAAGAACUCACACAGGGGAGAAACCCUAUAAAUGCCUGGAGUGUGGGAAAAACUUCAGUAACAGCAGACACCUUACUUCCCACCAAAGAAUUCACACAGGGGAGAAAAAAUACCAGUGCUUCAAGUGUGGGAAAAAAUUUGGUCAGAGUGGAAGCCUUACAUCCCAUGAAAGAAUUCACACAGGGGAGAAACCUUAUAAAUGCCUGGAAUGUGGAAAAGCCUUCUGUCAGAGUGGAAAUCUUACUUCCCAUCAAAGAAUUCACACAGGAGAGAAACCAUAUAAAUGCCUUAAGUGCGGAAAAUGCUUCAGUCAAAGUGGAACCCUUCUUUACCAUCAAAGAAUUCACACAGGAGAAAAACCAUAUAAAUGCCUGGAGUGUGGAAAAGGUUUUAAUAACAGUGGAUCCCUUACUUCCCAUCAAAGAAUUCACACAGGAGAGAAACCAUAUAAAUGUCUGGAAUGUGAAAAAAGCUUCAGUAAGAGUGGAAAUCUUACUUCCCAUCAAAGAAUUCACACAGGGGAAAAACCAUAUAAAUGCCUAGAGUGUGGGAAAUGCUUCAGUCAAAGUGGAAAUCUUGGUUCACACCAAAGAACUCACAUAGGGGUGAAAAACAAAUGA